AUUCUUUAAAUAAUUCUCUCUAUCUUUCUGUGUCUGUUAAUUCAACGGCGGAAGAAAGAAAGGCAAAGAAAAGCUUUUAUGGAUUUGAGAUGCAAAUUCCCUUCUCAAUCAUCAUCUUCAUCUCCAUCUUCAUCCUGGGCUGUAAUCCUCUACGCACCGUCGCUAACCGUGAUCUUACCACCGUCGUCCGAGCAGUUGACUCCUUGGAUACGAGAUUUUCGUCGUAUUACUGAAAUACCUUAGUGCUAAUUGCAUUCUGAUUUCGCCAAGUCAAGCAAAGCAUAUUUAGCAGAUACAACAGUGACAAAGACGUGAAUUUUGCCUUCUUGAGAGUUCUGAACAAUUGCAUAAACUUUGGGACAAAAAAGGGAAGAUAGUGCAGGAAGGGGGAGGGGGGCUGUUGCAUGUGUGUGAUAGGAUGGUUUUGAGAAUUUCUGUCAUCUAAGAUGACUAUUUCUGCAAGUGCACGACCUCUGGAUGCGAAGAUGUCGUGGAGGAGAGGUAAAACAUCCGGUUGGACUGCAUUUGACCUCGAACAUCGUCGUAAGCAGGGUCUUGAACCUGAAGCAAAGGGUGAAUCUUUUCCAGAAAUAUCAAGCUCAAUGAACCAAGAUCAGAAAGCCUUGACAAACACAGCAAACAAAACUGCAUUGGAGAAGCCUUUUGCAUCUCUACUACAGGGUGCUGUCAAUUUUCCGAUUAAGCAGAAACACAGUGAUAUGGAUGAACAGAAAUUCCAGGGUGGCAGCUCUAGUGCAUCUGCUGACUAUUUAAAUGCAAUGAAUGGUGUCGAAGAUGCUUUUGAGGCAAAUGAAAUGCUUAAGGAGCUCCAUCCUUGGGCAGACCAAAGCUUGAUUGAGGAUGUUUUGGCUGGUGUAAACUAUGAUGUUGAUAAGGCCUCAUCCUUAUUGAAAAUGUUGGUUUCCUAUGAGCAAAGUUACAAUGAUGCUAAAGUUAUUGGAACUGAAGAAUUAAGGUUCAAUCAUAAGGAGUCUCUUGUGAAUGAAAAUAAGUCAUUAGCCGAAAAGGACACAAAACUUGCUCAAGUGAGCUGCUUUCUUGAGGGUCAUGUGUAUAAGAAUAAUCAAGAUUUGACAGAUGAAGCCAAAAAGGACAUAAAUCUUGCUCAAAUGAGCCGUCUUCUUGAGGGUCUUGAGUGUAAGAAUAAUCAAGAUUUGACAGAUGAACGUACUUCUUCCAGGAAAAUGCUUCUGCAUGAUGUCUCUGCUACAAAAAUGAUUCUGAAUUCUAUCAAAUAUUUACCCAUUGAGCCUGAGUGGGAAGAAGAUGAUGUUUACUUGGUUCAAAGAAAAGACGCACGAAAGAUGAUGAGUUCAGCAUCCCGGAAUUCUAAGGCUGCCAAUGAAGCCUAUCUGAGAGGAGAUCACUUAUCUGCUCAACUCUAUUCACGAAAAGCUCGUGAAGAAUGGCUGACUGCUGAACGAUUAAAUGCCAAGGCAGCAAAAGAAAUUCUGAGCAUCAGGAAUUCGAAGAAUGAUGAGUGGACAUUAGAUUUGCAUGGUCUUCAUGCUGCAGAAGCAGUCCAAGCCUUGCAAGAACAUUUGCAGAGGAUUGAAUCUCAGAUGCCUACAAAACAGCUUGCCUGUGCUAGUAGAGUCAAUGCAACAACAGGCAUUGUACUUUCCACGGUUCCUGAGGUUGCAAUUUUUAGGGAUUUGGAUAAGUGUGGUAGCCAGAUUCCAUCAUCUAGGACAAGACCAACAUCAGUACAAGUAAUAACAGGAAAAGGCAAUCAUAGCCGGGGUGAAGCGGCACUUCCUGCAGCCAUUAGGAGCUUCCUUAAUGAAAAUGGAUAUCACUAUAGUGAAGCACGACCUGGGGUGAUUGAAGUGCAAGUCAAAUUCCGGCGACGAUGAGCAUUGUGCAUUGCACAUUCUUGCAACAAGGGAUUUCUCCUCCUCACCUGAUAUGUACCAUAGAUUGGUCUUAGGUAUUCUGCAUUAAUUAGCCUUCUCUUGUAUAUACUGCUUUAUGCACUAUUCUGUUCUUUAAGCUAAAUAGUUGCUAAUGUACCGUUCAGAUUGAUUUCAAUGAACUUUUACAGGGAGAAGUAGGCAGCAUUUUUCUUCUUCAUAUUGCAUUUCUGUUGUUUGCAUACCAAUGUGGCUAAGAAGCUCCUUCAGACCUAAGUACCUAGCCCGAGUGGUGGCCACAUGUAGUAUAUGCUUGUGGAACUAUAACAAAAUUGAUAGUGUACAGAGAGAAGGAUAGUAGUUGCAAUGAAGAUUGUUCUGGAUC